CCUUCAUCUGAUCAUCAUUAUACAUCAUGGGUCAAUCUGGAUCUCAUCUCGAGGAUAUGGUGAACUCCUCAAAUUUCUCUGCGGAGGAGAUCCAGCGCCUCUACAAGCGUUUCAUGAAGCUUGAUAAAGAUAAUUCGGGAUCUAUUGACAAGGAAGAAUUCUUGGCGAUUCCUCAGAUUGCCAACAACCCAUUGGCUACUCGAAUGAUUGCCAUAUUUGAUGAAGAUGGUGGCGGAGAUGUUGACUUCCAUGAGUUUAUUAAGGGUUUGAGCGCGUUCAGUGUUCGAGGAAACCAGCGCGAGAAACUUCAAUUUGCAUUCAAAGUGUACGAUAUGGACCGCGAUGGAUUUAUCUCCAACGGUGAGUUGUUUUUGGUGCUCAAGAUGAUGGUUGGAAACAACCUCAAGGAGAACCAGCUUCAGCAAAUUGUCGACAAGACCAUCAUGGAGGCUGAUAAGGAUAUGGACGGAAAGAUCAGUUUUGAAGAAUUUAUGGUUAUGGUGGAGAAUACGGAUGUGGCAAAGCAGAUGACCCUGGAGAGCUUUUAAGUUGGAGGGCUGUGGAAUGUAUAUUUAUUUUUUUGCUAUUGUUCGUGUCAUUUAUCCUCGAAACAACAUAUCAAUAGAAUACGGGCAAUUAUGCACAUAAGGG